UUCAUUGGUAGAUAGAAUGUCAAAUGUUUGCCAGUAGAUGGUGUUUUGCAAUGCUAAGCAGUAUGAAAAAAAUUUGCUAAUUUCAUAUGAUAAAAGUCUAAACUUUAUGUUUAUGAAUGAAAAUAGGACCAGUAUCUAGUUUGAAAGGGAAUUCACAGGUGACAAUAGCAGAUGGCCAGAGUAUAAUAGUUUUCGAAGAAAAAUAGAAAUUUUUCGAAAUUUGGAACUAAUGAAUAUCUGAUGUUUAUAAUUUUCAUUAAUUAAUAAUGAAUUCACCAAGAACUCCUCAAACGACGCUCAGUGCUGAACUAAAGAGUAUUAUUAAUGAGAGGAAUAUCCUAACAACAAGAACGCGAAUGAAAGUUCUUAGUGCACUGGAUGAAAUUCAUCAAGAGAACAGAGCUGAAAAGGAUAGGAAUUUAAGAGCUCAAGCAAUACAAGAAAUUUUAACUUCUGAAGUAACUUAUUUACACCAAUUGGAAACAAUUAUGCAAUUCUUCAUGCAUACUAUGAUAGAAAAAGGACUAUUAACGCAUGCUUCUUACAUUACACUGUUUGGAAAUAUUGAAUCUUUAUACAAUGUUAAUGGUGAAUUGCUGAAGGAAUUAAAGCAAGAUCCUGAAAAUGUUGCUAAGGCAUUUUACAGACUGGCUCCGUUCUUUAAGUUAUAUUCAGUUUAUGCCUAUGAUUAUAAACAAGCUCUAAUACUACUACAAGAUACAGAGCAGAAUGAUCCAGUAACUGCAGAUUUCAUAGCAAAGCAAGAAAGUAGACCAGAGGUUGGAAAAAAGUUGUCUUCCUUGCUAAUAGCUCCAAUUCAAAGAAUACCACGAUAUAAACUAUUACUUUCUGAAGUACUAAAACACACAUCAACCAGACAUAAGGAUUACAAUAUAUUGAGAGGAUCCUUGGCUGAGAUAGAAAAAACAGCAAUACAUAUAAAUAGUUUAGUAGCAGAUUAUGAAGAUACACAAAAAUUGCUUGAAUUGCAAAGACGAAUCAUCAGUCCAAUUAAUUUAAUCAAACCAGGACGAAAGCUAUUAAGACAAGGUCCAUUGAUGCGUGUUUCACGACGAGGAAAUUCCUCAUACAGAAGACAUUUUGUUCUUCUCAGCGAUACCUUGCUUUACUGCAAGGGAGGUGUUGAGACUUCUUUAACAGUGUGUUGUUUGUUACCACUAAAUAAAUGCAAAGUACAGCGUGUAUUGAGUGGUGGUCUUUUUAAAGUUUCAUGCCUUCAAGAAAUUCUGUUACUAUACUCAGAAAAUGGAGAUAGUGAAGCAUGGAUACAGUCAUUGCAGGACGCUGCAAAGAAGUAUGCAGAAUGCAGACAGACACUGAGAAAAGAUAGUAGUUCCAGAAUGCCAUUAAGACAUCAUAAUAUCUACCAAUUUCCAUCAGAAAAUAUCCCAGAAAAACGUUGCAAAAGAAAAAGACAUGAGGAUGGUGUUGAUGAAAUGACUGAUCCAAAUAUAUCAAAUAUAAUUUAUAUCAACCGUGACUGUGAGGAUGAUGGUGAUGCGGAAAAAGGAACAGAGUGUUUCCCAUUUAAAAAAUUAAAAAAAUCCAGAACAAAUACAACCGACAACUUAAACAAUAAAGGAAAUACUUGGAUGGAUAAAUCAUUAUCGGAAGGUUGUUCUAACGAGAACAAUUGCCAAAAUAAGCAACCAUAUAUGGAUUCUUUGUAUCCACUUCGACAAGUUCCUCUAAAAGCUAACAGAUAUGAUAAAAAAUGUAGAAUUGUGGCAGGACCUUCUAAAAAAUCAACAACUUUAGAUACCAUUAAUGAAACGUCGUAUCCAUACGAAUUUCAUCAAGAAACUUAUGAGCAAAAUAUCGAAUCAUCUACAACGUCGUUUAAAAGGAUAGGACAUUUCUUUUCAGCCGUUGGGAACUCUCUAAGAGGUUUUUUUAGAUUAAGAUGAAACAUAAGUUUUCAUAAUCAAUGUCUUUAAUAAACUUUCGUAUAUAUUACACCAUUUUUUAAGAAGGUAUUAUGUGAGUGGUACAAUUUAUAUGACUGAUGCACUUAAAUAAGUCUAUAAAUAAACAUAUAUUCAUUUUUC